AGAAUGACCACAUUUAUUGCAAUGUAGAUUGUUGAGUCCGGGCGCUGGGACCCCGCGGAGUCCCGAAGACUUCCGAGUCCGGCGGGUUGAGUCUGCAGCAUAAAGCGUGGCGAUGCUGUUAAAAGGGAGGGAGAGAGAGAGAGAGAGAAGGGGAACAGUGCGAAAUUUUCCGUAGGUCUGCUUCCCAUCGCAUCCAGUGCAACAUUUGCAAAUUGAGCGUGUGAUUUUGUUUUCUAAGCCAUCACUGCCGAAGAGCCAGGGGAUGCAGAGGUGCAGGUAGAGAGCGAUGGGAUCGAAACCCAGGGGCAGAGGAACAGAAUGAAGAAACUGGUGCGACAUCUACUCGCAGUGUUUUUGGGGCUUUCCACGUGUGGGACCCUACUGGUGCUGUACGCGACGAGAGGCGAGCGGGGCGCGGACUCGAAUCCACCCAGCAGCGCGGAGAGGAGGAACAGCGUGACACACGGGCUCCCGGAGCCGCUUCCAGCUUUAACUGGAUACAUCAAUUUCAUCGACCGUAAGGCCCUUCAGGUGCACUGUAAGAGCUGCGCUCUGGUCACCAGCUCUGGACAUCUCAUUGGGAGUAAGCGAGGGGCGGAGAUCGACCAGGUGGAGUGCGUCAUCCGGAUGAACGACGCGCCGACCCUGGGCUACCAGGAGGACGUGGGCCGCAGGACCAGCCUGCGGGUGGUGGCCCACUCCAGCAUCCAGCGGCUGCUGCAGAAGGGCAGCCAGCUGCUCAACGCCAGCCGGGAGCCGGCCUUCAUCUUCUGGGGUCCCAGCAGCUGCCUGAGGAGGGACGGCAAGGGGCGGCUGUACAACCAGCUGCAGCUUAUCCACCGCAUCGCGCCUCGCCUGAAGCUACACACCAUCAGCCGGCAGAAGAUGCUGCAUUUCGACCAGCUCUUCGAGAGGGAGACCGGCAAGGACAGGAAAACCUCCAAUUCAUGGUUGAGUACUGGCUGGUUUACCAUGAUCAUUGCUCUUGAACUGUGUGACAGAAUUGAUGUCUAUGGCAUGGUCCCACCUAACCUCUGCAGGGACCCUACUCACCGACAGGUGCCCUACCAUUACUACGAGCCCUCGGGGAUCGACGAGUGCACAAUGUACAUGUCGCACGAGCUCGGCCGCAAGGGGAGCCACCAUCGGUUCAUCACGGAGAAGCGCGUGUUUGCCAGGUGGGCAAAGAAAUACAGCAUCCACUUCCACCAGCCGGAGUGGGGUCCCGGCUCGGAGUCGGCGGCCGCCAAUCUCACAGGGGCUGACGGCAGCCAGUGAAGAGGAAAUGCAGCCCUCAGGACCAGCAGUCAGCUGAGCGGCAGGCCAAGGAGCUGCCCAUCCAUUUCCUUUUGAUAAGUCGUCAUUCCUUGAAAAAUGAGAGAAGGUGCAUCUUUAAGAUGCCUUUCACAGUCAAAGAUGUGCAUUGGAAGUCUCAUAGUAUAGGUAAAGGGCCGAGGAAAUUACUGGAUACCCACUACAACUCAACACAGUGACCCUCAAGGCAGGGAUCUCUUCAGAGCUGAAAAUGUGACGGCUGUCUUUUUUUAAACAUAGCAAAGGACAGUGUUUCAAUUAUUAAAACCGACUUUGUUAAUCUUGCAUGCAGCCUUUUACAAUUCUUACAGGGUAUUUUUUGGAUAUGUGUGUGUGCAAUGUCCCUUAUCCCAAUCACUGACCUGUAAUACUAUUUAUAUCGGAGGAAAUUUAUUAUCAUACUAGGCUGUAAUGUGUCAGUUUUGAACUUUUGCUGACAUUUUAGCCAAAUACCAUGGACUGCUCAAAGUUGUAGCAACUAAUUAAUCUUCCUGUGUGCCAGGGACUCUUUUCACUGUGAGAAUGUAUGAUUGGGAAAAUAAAAGAGUCUCAAAGCCAGCAGAUGGUCUGUUCUUGUAUUCGGGAAAGGAGGAGGCAGUCCGGCCCAUCUUUCCUGUUCCACCCUUGAUCAAUAGCAAUCUGCAUUUUAAAACCAUCUAUCUGCUUAGGAUCCUUAACCCUUGUGAACAUUUCUGGUUGCCUCAUUACAGGAAGGAUGUGGAGGUUUUAGAGAGUGUGCAGAGGAGAUUCACCAGGAUGCUGCCUGGAUUAGAGAGCAUGACCCAUGAGGAUAGGUUGAGUGAGCUAGGGCUUUUCUCUUUGGAGCAAAAGAGAGUGAGAGGUGACUUGAUAUAGGUGUAGAAAAUUAUAAGAGGCCCUGGCAGAGUAGACAGCCAGAGACUUACUUGCAGGACGUAAAGAGCUAAUAUGAGGGGGCAUAACUUUCAUAACUUCCUUCUGCGGAGGGAAGUGCAGGGGGAAUGUCAGAGGUAGUUUUUUUUUUAGAAACCUCGUUAUAGGAAGGAUAUGGAAACUUCGGAGAGGGUGCAGAGAUUUACCAGGAUCCUGUCUGGAUUAGAGAGCAUGUCUUAUGAGGGUGGGUUGAAGGCGGAAGGGCUUUUCUCUGGAGAGAAGGAGAAUGAGAGGUGACCUGAUAGGGAUGUACAAGACAAUAAGAGGCAUAGAUUGAGUAGAUAGCCAAAGACUUUUUCCCUGGGUGGAAAAAGCUAAUAUGAAAGGGAAUGAUUUUAAGGAGAAUGGAGGAAAGUUUAGGGGGGAAUGUCAGAGAUUUUUUUUUGCACAGAGAGUGGUGGGUGCGUGGAACGUACUGCCAGUGGUGGAGGCAGAUACAUUAGGGGCAUUUAAGACACUCUUAGAUAGGCACAUGGAUGAAAGGAAAAUGAAGGGCUAUAGGGGAGUGAAGUGUGAGAUUGAUCUUGCAGUAGGUUAAA